UUCCAAUAUAGAAUAGUGGGUGUAAAUAUUCGUAAUUUUUGCAAUAUUUUCUGUCGUUCUGGCUUUUAUUACUUCAUAGAAACGUUUCGUAUACUUUGGAUGUUAAAUGCGAACAAAACAGAAGCAUAUAAGAGCCAAUUUUCAUUUUCACGAAGUUGUGAAAUUGAUAAAUUUUGUAGGGUUUAUGAAACGUAAUUUAACACUAAUGGCAGUCAGUACGACUCGUGAUUGAGUUCAGUAAGUGUUUAUUGAUAUCUUACCGUGAGAACGGCAAGCUCAACUUACAAUAAAAUACGACAAAAAUUUUCUACGAGCGCAUAUUGAUAGACAUGUUAUGUGAGGUAAAGGAAGUAGACACAUGCAACAAGUUGUUAAACUCUGUUUCAAACAUAUACGGGCCGGUGAAUGGAGGUGACACUGCACUUCAUGUUGCAAUACAGAACGGAGACCAAAUUUGUGUCGACGAUCUUUUAUUACAAUAUCAAAACGAUUUCUGCAAGUUUCGUUACUAUUUGGAAUCUAAAUAUCAAUGGAACCAAGAAGAUACCAUAUGGCACAAUAAAACCAUCUUAGUAGCAAUCAAUCUAGACCAGUGUCGAGCUGUGAAAGAUCUGGAGAAAAACUUACUGACUGCUGACGAAAUACGUCAGGCUAUAUUUAUUUUGUUACAAAUUCCUGUAGAAGGGGAGGAGGUAGCCAUAAUUCUUCCCUCAUGGGAUAAUCAGUUGAUACUGUUUCGAUUGCUCACCUCUCUGUUGCCAAAUGGAUUCCUCACGUGGAACUACGUAGGCGAAGGCUACAGGCAAACCUAUAUGGAACAGGCCGCCUCCUGUGGUAACAUAGAUAGUAUCCAGCGAUUACUUUCGGUGGGAGUUGAACUUGCCAUUCCAGAUCACAGCGCAUUAUUGGCAGCUUGUAAUACACUUCAAAUAGACACUAUUCGAUGGUUGUUAAACGAGCAUUUAGAGCGCGUUCUGCGGGAUACCGAUCAACAACAAGCUCUACUUAUACUUUUGAAGAAACGAAAUACCGCGAUGUUUGAGUUUGUUCUUGAUAAGAUAAUUGUCUAUCGCCGAAUACGAUAUAAAGAACAUGAUUCGAAGGCACUAGCAAAAAUAAUUCAAUAUAAAUUCCAUCCUUUUGUAUUUAAACAUCUUAGAAUGGGUCCGAUACGAAACAAAAUUGAAGAAUUUAUCAUCAAAUACAAGCUGGAUUUAGCCUAUCAAUGGGAAGGCGGUUCUAUGCUGGUAUGUGUCAUGUGCCGACGUUUGGCAUUGAAUUACUGCUUCGAUGUAAUUCGUCAAAACUAUCAAUUACUUGGCAUUAUAACUAAAAAUGUUUCCGCAUUACAUAAUUUAAUCGUUUGGGGUCACUUUGAUUUCCUGAAAGAAAUGUAUGACAAAUAUCCGGUGAUUAAAACAUACUUUCAAACCGAUCAUGGAUUCAUUGAUCUUCAGAAUGCUAUUUUGGAAAAAGAUUAUGUCGCGAUUGAGUUCAUUCUUACUCACCACAUUGAUUAUUUAAGAAGAGAUUUCGAUGGAUUCAAACAAAAAGUAUUGUGUGAAGAACGUCCGGAUCAGGCGCUCCUUGAAAAACUUAAGUUAUUGAUUAAUUCAUUUCCAAAUAUCGAAACCAUUACUGAUCAAAGUUACUCGGAACAACAAUCAAACGAAAAUUUAGAGCCUGGUGAGGAAUCAAACACUAAUGUUCUGCUGCACGUAGCGAUUGAAAAAAACAAUACCGAAUUUUUUCUACAAUGUUUGCAAAACGGUUGGGAUAUCGACGCACUAGAUAGCAAAGGAAACCACUCUAUCCACUAUGUCAGAAGCUUGAGUAUGUUUGAUUUUCUAGUUGGGCUUCAUCCAAAAGGCAUUAAUCUAGUUCAUCGUACCAAUAAUGACGGGUAUACACUUCUUCAUAAAGUAAGUUCCGCCGAAAUGGAUCCCGAAGAAAAGUUGCAGCUAUUGGAAAAGAUAUUGGCACGUGGAGCUGAUGUGAAUCAGGUUACAAAAGCUGGCGAAUCUGCUGCUUUUAUGACUGGAAAUUGCAUGAUUCUAGAACUGUUUAUGAAAUAUAAUAUCAAACUAUGCACUGUUAAUUGCAAGGGAGAGACAGCUCUACUGCGGUACCUCUUGAAUCGGAAUGCUUCAUUGGUUACUAUGCUGCUUCCAUUAGUGUACAAAUCAAACUGGUUUAAUCAACACGCACCCGAAUAUCUAAAUCAAUUGUUGAAUAACGAUCGAAUAUCAUUUAGUAAGGAUUAUCAACCAAUGUUUGUUAAAUACCCAGAUGUACUAGAGCAACUACUCGGUGCAGUUUAUCACCACUCUCGGGAGGACGCAUCACGGCUUUUUGCCAAGGCUUGUUAUGGAUCACUAAACUUCAUUGUGGAAAAAUUUCUCGACUUUGAUUUCAAUCUGGAUUACAAUUGUAAAACUAACUACGGAUGUACGCCACUGAUUGGGCUGUUGAGUUACGCACAGGAACGCAAUGUCCGUCUCGUGGAAAGGUUGCUCGAAAAAAAUGUCGAUGUACAGAUCCGGGAUAGUUUCGGAAGGGAUGCCUUGCUAAGUUUUGCGUUAUCCUUUGCUUCCGUAAAGCAAUAUGGACUUGGGACCGGAGUUUUUCAGGUGUUGUUAGAUCGAGGAGCAUCUGUCAAUGCCAGGGAUACUGAUGGAAAUACGGCGUUACAUUUUGCCUUCGCCCGCAAUGAAUGGGAGCUGCUGGAACUAUUGGUGCGUAAUGGGGGUGACUUAAGGGUACGAAACAACGACGACAAGUUACCGUAUCAGCUAGGACCUCGAAUAAAUCAAGAGCUGUUCAGCUUUAUGAGCUGACAAAUUUGUUGAAUUUUGCAGAGAAAGAAAUGGGUUACUUCAAUUUGGAGACAGAGAUUAAAUGGAAAUAAGACUUAAGUGCAAUUUUUCGACGGUGUUUCAUUUGCCAUUUCUGCUCGAAAGUACAAUACCAUAACAAUCCACCCCACCAGUGUUUUUCAAUGAAAAACGCCAUAAAAGUCAAAUAAAUUUCAAAAUUCUCUACCUGGCGAUUUGGUCAAUUAAUGUGUACAAAAUGUAACAGUUAUAUAACUUGUAACUUGAAGUUAGAAUAUAAAA